AUGUCCGCCGCCACCGAUAAGGCUCGAUUCUUCCUCGAGAAGUCCGUUCCGGAGCUCAAGGAGUACGAGCGGAAGAAGAUUUUCACCAAGGAUGAAAUCACCGCCAUCAUCAAGAAACGAUCGGACUUUGAGCACAAGCUCAAUGCACGCGGCGCACAACCCGUGGACUUUGUGCGAUAUGUCGAAUACGAGAUGAACCUCGAAACCCUGCGCAAGAAGCGAGUAAAGCGACUCGGAAUUCGCCAGGCCGGUCACAGCGGUCAGCGGCGAAUUUUCUUCAUCCUCGAGCGGGCGACUCGCAAAUUCCACGGCGAUCUCGGCCUCUGGAUUCAAUACAUCGAAUAUGCGCGGAAGCAAAAAGCACACAAGAAACUCUCCAUGAUCUUCACCGACGCUUUACGGUUGCACCCGACCAGGGCAGAGUUGUGGAUCUACGCCGCCAAAUCGGUUCUCGACGACCAUGCGGAUAUGACGCAGGCUAGGAGUUAUAUGCAAAGAGGAUUGCGGUUUUGCAAGAGUGCCAGGCCACUGUGGAUUCAAUAUGCCAAGUUGGAAUUAAUCUAUAUUGCCAAGCUGACUGCCCGUCAACGGAUUCUCGGAUUGGACGAAGCCCGGCCGAAGCCAGUUCAGGAUACGGCGCAGGAUGACAUGGACGCCGACGUGAUCGCUCUUCCCCAGAUCACUGAAGAUGACAUCAACCCCACUCAGGAAGAUGCUGAGGAGGCCCUGCAGAAUCUGAAUUCCACGCCUGCAUUGAGCGGUGCCAUUCCGCUCGCCAUCUUUGACGCCGCGAUGAAAAACUUCCAUAAUGAUGACCAUUUCGGAUUCGAGUUCUACGAGAUGGUUUCCGAGUUUGAGGAGGCGCCAUGCCUGGGCAAGAUCCUGGAGCACGUGGUGGAGACACUUCGGGCGCACAAGCCUACCAGCCCCCGUACGCAGAUCUGCUACAUCAGGCUGCCGACCGUGGCCAUUCGGGUCACGUCACCCGAAUUCCCACGAGCGCUGGGUAGCGCACUGGGGCGCCUCAAGGAAUUCCCCUUGACCAUCGACCUUGCGCGCGAGGUGUUGAACUGGCUGCAACCCGUUGCAGAGACGGAGGACUUGGAUCCUUCGCUGAAGAAGGCCAUCAUGGCGACGAUGCGCAAUGCGGAGCGAGCAUCAUCGAAGGAGUAA